ACAACCUAGCAUUUUCUAAAGGUGAUUGGCUGAGUUAGGAGACUUCCCAGAAGUCGCUGCUGUCAACUUAGAAACAAAAAUGGCUGCUCCCUAUGAAAACGGCAUGAGAAGUUCUGCAAGUAGUCCUGGGUUUGGUAUACAUUGUACUAGUUUUCAAAAGAAAACGCGUAGUAAAUUGGUUUCUAUUUCUGGAACAAAACAUUCUCUCCAAAAUGGUUUGCUGUUAAUUUCCACCGGGAUCCCUUCCUUGGAUUACGUGUUAGGAGGUGGCUUAGCUGUUGGAACCCUCUUACUCGUUGAGGAGGAUAAAUACAACAGCUUUUCCUUCUUAUUUCUUAAAUACUUCCUUGCAGAAGGAGUUGUCUGUGGGCAUAAUCUGUUUGUGGCAUCAGCCAGUAAGCAUCCAGGAGACAUUUUACAGGACCUUCCAGCACCUAUAGUUGAUGAUGUUGACAAGAUUGAAAUGCAAGAGGAAGUAAAAAUUGACUCCAAAAAACUCGAAGAACCUAUGACAAUAGCUUGGCGCUACCAAAACCUGCCAAAAAUGCAAACCUCUGUCUCAUCUUCAUUAAGAUUUGGACACUAUUAUGAUGUAUCAAAACAAAUGGCCCCACUGAUGGUUCAGUCAGCAAAGUGUCACAAAUUUUUCCUGCCUGAUGAAGUGUGCUUGGUUUCUUCUGAGAUGCCUAGUAAUAUGAAUGCUGGUUAUAGACAGCUGCUCCUUUCUAUCCAAAGAGUCAUCCAGGAGGAAGGAUUUGACGGAGCAUGUCCCCAGAAUAAACAGAGAAACAUCCUAAGAAUAGGCAUCCACUCUCUGGGAUCACCUUUAUGGGGCGAUGACAUAUGUUGCAGUGACAACCCUCAGCAUGUGCACAGUUUUACCAAGUUUCUGUAUGGUCUUCGAAGUCUUCUGAGAACAUCACUGUCUGCUUGCAUUGUAACAGUACCAGCACAUCUAAUUCAGAACAAGGUGGUUAUGGCACGUAUAAUGCUGCUGUCAGACACAGUAGUUGGCCUUGAAUCAUUUGUUGGCUCUAAGCUUGAAACCAGUCCGCUGUACAAGGACUAUCAUGGGUUGCUUCAUGUAAGCAAGAUACCUCAUCUUAACAGUUUAGUCUGUAAUGUACCAGACAAUAAGGACCUUGCUUUUAAAUUAAAGCGGAAGCUGCUUACUAUUGAGAAAUUGCACUUGCCUCCAGACUUGUCAGACACAGUGAGACGCUCAGGCAAGCAGGAUCUGGCAGAACCUACAAAAUCGCUGAGCUUUGGAUGUCCCACUACUGCUGUGAGCAAGAAACACCUGGACUUCUAGGGAUUUCUACUUAACUGUUCCAUAUUGGUUUACAUAACAACGUAAAUUAGCAUAUGUAAAUCUUUUUUUUAAUGAUCUGGCCAGGAAUUCACAGAAUUAAAUUAACAUGUUUGGCAUGUAUAGUAAUGCCAAUGUUUAGAAAAUGUUUUUUGUUUUUUUGCUACAAAGUUGUCAGCUUCCUUAAUACUUUCACUGAUAUGCAAACAUUUUAAUGAAAUCUUGUAGGAAGCAGAAACUUUUGGAACAUAAUUAUCAACAACAUUUUAUAAGAAAUAACUUUACAUCCAGUUUGUGUAUGCUUUGACACACAAGCCUUUUGAAAGCCUUAUGAAAAUCUUUUUCGUAGUGUUUUGUUUCUGUUUGUCAUAAACAGAUAUUCUGUUUUAGUCUGCCACAAACAGUGGGAUAUUUUCACUCUGUAAUAGUCUGCACAACUAUUCAUUGCUGUUGUACUGACUCUGCAUUAAUAAAAUAUGUCCUGUUUCAGUAAUGUGACAAAUCAUUAAUUAUGUUUCAGUAGUGUGACAAAUCAAUCAUAUCAAGUGUUGUGGCAUAGAAGUGUUAUGUGUCAACAUUUUUGUUGUAUCUUGUGAUUUCUAAAACUGCAGUUUGACAACCUUAUUUGAAGAUGCCAUUUACCUGUCCUAUUCCAUUUCAUGUUCCUUUUGCAAGUAAAAACACAGUUUUGUACUCUUCA